AUGUAUCUCAUAUCCAUGUGUGAGUCUGGUUACAGUCCAGCCCCCCCGCAGGCGGACCCCUCCACCUCCUCCUCUGCAUCCUCCUCCACAUCCACUGCCACCACCACAAAGGCAGAGGAGAAGAAGCUUUUAUCCAAAGACUCCAUCCUAUCUUUGUACGCCAGCAGCUCAGUGGCAAGCCAGCCGCAGAGCCAGCAGCAGCCUGUUACAGGACAAGCAGGGAUGUUCGUUGGCCAGCCUCAGAUGCAGUUCUCUCCGCAGGGUUUCACUCCAGGGAUGGGUGGGGGGGCCAUGAUGUCCGGCAUGUCGGUGCCUAAUGGCGGCUACAUGAGCAUGCAGCAGCAGGGGGGGGUGUUAGCCAACCAGGGGCCGCAGCAAGGACAGUGGGGCAUGAACAAGAUGACCCAGCAGAUGUCAGGCAUGGCAGUGAGUGGCCAGUCAGGCCCCCCGUGGCCUCGGCUGGCGCCGCCCCCACCCGGACGGUCUUCUGGCCAGACCCUCAGCACUCCAAAGCUGUGGAGAG